AAGUGGUACAUCGUGAUGGUUUAAACAAAUUUUCGUCCUGUUUCCUAACUACUUUAUAUAUUUAUUGCCACAAAAGUGUGUCAGUCACAAUGAUAGACUGAGUGUUUGAGUUGAUGCCAUGCGUUGCGACCCAAAAAUAACUCUUCUGACACUUAUUUCAAAUGUCCUUACCGAACAACAGCCAGGAAUAUGUUCCUAUGGUUCUCAAGGGAAUCCGAUAGAGUGUUGCCGGAAUUAUAAACUUGUUGGAAACACUUGCCAGGCGUGCACUCCUGGAACUUUCGGAGAAAACUGCAAGGAAGAAUGCCCAAUAGGAUCAUAUGGACAACUCUGCAAAGAGAAUUGUUCGUGUGACCCAUGUGAUAAGGUCACGGGAUGCUUAAACAAAACAGUGAGACGUGAUUCAGAGGAUGGAACUGAAUCUGUUCAAUUUCACUGGCCAAGUAUUUUCAUUUCAUUAACUGGAAGUUUUGUCGUUUGUUUUACCUUUUGCAUCAUAAUGAUUAGUAUUUCAAGGAGAAGGAAGCCCGUAACUCGGGGAUGCGUUGUGUCAAAUUUACAAGAAAAGGAUCUGACAGCCUCUAAAAAUGUAUAUGAUUAUCUGAGAAAGGAAUCCUAUAACGUUCUCAAGCUGACGACAGCGGAUAAAGAGUAGUCACAACAUGGCAAAUAUAUGGCUUUUAACCAUAAAAAGUAAAAAAAAAAAUGUACAUCGGAAAAAAAAUAUCAAGCUCAUAUCAAGGACAUUGUAACGAUAAACUCUCGAAUACAUUGUCGCCUGGCCUUUGCAUGCAUCUCUUCACUUAUACGCCUUAUUAAAAUACAUGUACUUAUUCAAUUUAUCUAACAUAAUGUUGAUGCGUCUGUGGACGAUUUUGUUCUUUUCCCUUUCCUACUGAAAAAAUAAUCGCUAUUUGAAUUAAAAAAUAAAAUAUGUUCAACAUGGAUUUAUUCGUCAUUAUAUUGAAACUUGUUACCUGAUUUUGUUUCCAAACGUGUAUCAACUAAACAGCAAUCAUUCUAGGAGCUUACAAUAUAUUGUAUACAUGUAUUUAAAAUCUUCAUGACAUAAAUAUCAUGUAAUAGCUCCCGUGUAUUAAGUGAACAGAAAACACUUGUUACAUUUGUCUAUUACAGUAUCCAUUCAAACAUCAAUUAUUGGUAUUUGAAGAAGCUUAAGAGCCAAUGCAAAUUUAUUGCAUUUAUAUAAAAAAAAACAAUGCUUUCAUACAUAUUUCAAAGUUCUUGUAAUAAUGUCAAUCAUUGUAAAUAUUUAAUCACUUUAAUGAUAUUGUAAAUAUAAACAAAAUACAAACAAGUCUUUGUCUUCCAUGCUGAACCGAACCAUUCCAAAAGACAACAUACAAAAAAUGUGAUACAGAUUUGUCCUGUAUGGGUUCCAUUUUGGUUUGCAUGUUAUCAUCUAAAAAAAAAUUGUUUGUUAUUGUAUUUCACGUGUUCCUACGAAUUAAAGUGGUAUAACAAACCAAAAAACUGUAUUACAAGAGAAUCUUUUGUUUUUGAACUAUUGAAUUAUUCGUAUAAUAUGAUAAAUUAGGUAAUUUGAAAUCAUUUCAUGCCCAUAGAUCAAAAUCGAAAGCUUGUUGGGUUUUCUUCUGCUCACAUCUCAACCUCCCAUCUAUCUUUGAUGCAUUAUCUUCAAAGAAGUUAAACGUAUAGAUUAACAUGAUUAAAGCUAAAAUUGUUCCAACCCAAAUCAUGAUCACGCAUUUCCCAAACUUGGAUCAUUUUUUAGAAUAAUAUUCUUAACUAUUUAUUAGGGUUGGGAUCAGUUGAAAUGUAAAGUAGGCAGACGUUUACAAAGAUGUAUUUUCACAUGUAUUUUGAAACAUGGAAUUAAAGUUGAAUGUAAUGUAAACAAUCCUUUUUCAUGUAAUAUAAUUACAGGGAUAUUGUUACAAUAAAUUGUGUCAUAAAAAUCCAUGUUUGAAUUUGAUUGUUUAAAUAUCCAACAAUGUGACUACAUGUAUAUAUGAGAUAAAUGUAUUGUAAAUGUAUUUGUUUAUAAA